AUGCCCGACGCAUCAACCAACACCCCCUCCUCCACCACAGCGCAUGCCUCCACCCAAAGCAACCCCACUACUUCCCACGCUUCGACGCAGACCCAUCAUGCCCAGCAGCAGCCCCAGCAGGAGCCGCCGCGGGCCACGGGCGCCGGAGUGAACACGGGCGCGGGCAUCACACGUCCCAAGACGGAGGAGGAGCUCGAGGCCGACCGUCGGUACGAGGAGGCCAUCGAGGAGGAGUACGCCAAGCGGGAGGGUGGGGCCUAA